CUUUGCACCUUUGAAUACAUCUAAAGAAUACCUUGCCCGCACUCAACUACUUCACGGUUUCAUCAGGGAGACGCAACUAUGGCUUCUGCGUCAAGGAAGGUAGCCACCACGAAAUCGAAUCUGACUCCAUCGAUGACUUUGAAGGGUCACGGAAACUGGAUUCGAUCCAUGUCGUACUUUCCAGACGGCCAGCGAAUGAUUAGCGGAUCUUUGGACGGGAUCUCCCGGCAAUGGGAUCUGAAGGCGGGUAAGGAGAUUGAGGAAGCGCGGAAUGUCUGUGAGGGGAGCGCACAUGCGGUGGCAGUAUCAAGGGAUGGUCGAUGGGUUGUUACUGGUGGUGGACGUGGGGAGCUGAAAGCCUGUGAGGUUGAGACGGGGAUUGUGAAAAUAUUCGAAGGUCACUCACGGCAAAUCUACUGCAUUGAUAUCUCUGCAGAUAGCACACUGCUGGCGAGCGUGUCAGAUGAUGAAACAGCGCGGAUAUGGAACUUGGAGACUGGCAAACUUGUGGCUGGUCCAUUCAAGAGCAUUGGUGAAAUAGGCGCGGUUCGAUUCUCCCACGACUCGAAGAAGCUCGCAGUCAAGUUAGAUUGGGGGACAUGCCUCGAAGUCUGGGAUGUCCAAUCACAGAAAUUGGAUGUCAGGAUAGGGAAACUCACUGGAUUAGGAAUUUUGUUUUCUCCAGUUUUCUGGACAAACAAGAACAAAACCAUUAUUGUCGCAUUCCAAAUCAAUUUCACCGCAGAUUUGGAUCGGUAUGACCACACCAAGACAAUCUAUGAGUUUGACGCGGUUACGCUGGAGACUGUCGGAGCUCCCUUUGAAGGGCACGCCAAGUACAUUGGUGGUCUAGCACUUUCAUUUGAUGGUGCUCUCCUCGCUAGCGCUUCCUACGGGGACAACACCAUCAAGCUCUGGGCUUUCGAGUCGCGACAGCUCCUUGCCUCCUUCGACGUUCAGAAUACCUCUCGCCUUAUCUUCUCACCCGACUCACGACAAUUAGCUUAUACGAUACGCAUCAAUGAUGACGACCACAAGAUCUACAUCUGUGAUACUCCACCCGACAUCCUUGCUCAGGCCCGUCUCAUUGUACGCAAAAAGUCAGCCCUCAAUCAUCUACUGCAUGUUCUGAUGGAACUCGUCGUCCUCCUGCCGGGCACCGCAGACCACCAAUAUCAGCCAUACCCAUGGCGCCGAGAUCUCCGCCUACAAGAGACCCGCGACAACCCACUUUCCUUCGCCUCCGCAAAUUGCUUCGCCUCUCUCCUCGCACAAACGCAGUACGCUCUAGUCGGAAGGAGCAAUCUCGUGAUCCCCUAGAUUUCCCUGCUACAUUGCCCUUACCUCCCAAUCACCUUCAUGGAGACAGCACUCCAUUGACUCCAUUGCCCGGUGGCAGGGCC